UUGAUGCCUCUUGAGCUGUUAUGUGUGUGAGAGUGUGUCUCCAUGUUUGUGUAAAGAGGGUGUACACUAAAUUUGAGUAAGCAUGCUUUUUUCGCAGGUGGGUAUGUACUGUUCUUGUUGCUGAUCAUGAAGACUUGGAAAGGGACAAAGUAAAAACACAGUGACUCUUUCGGAACGCACUGUUACUGAGCAACACACACACUCCGGAGUACCACAGAGCCGUCAAUCAGAUCUAUCGUGAACCAUCAUGACUGAGUCUGCUGAGGCUGCCGCUGCCAACGUGAGCAGCAAGAGACACGCCACCAUAGAGAUCGCCAACCUGACAAACAACUACUGCCUGCUCAACCCAAAGGUCUAUCUUGAGAGUGGUGAAACCUCCAAUCCACCUCAGCCCACAGUGCGCCCCCUCAAGACCGAAGUAUGCACCUUCAGCAAGACCAGCGCUCAGGCCACUGGCAGCGUGGGGGUUAUGACCUACGACCUGUUCGAGCGAAGCAGAAAUGACUACACUGAGACCCUGGCCUUCAUGUUUUCUGUCCCCUGGGACUACAAUCUGUAUAAGAAUUGGUUUGCAGUAGGCAUCUACCCGAAAGGAAAGGAGUGUGACCAGGCCCUUUACAAAGAAAUGUACUAUCAAAAGAACCCACAGGGCUUUGUGAGGGAGGAGGCCAAUGGGUCAGGCAUUAACUUUGAGGGAAAGUCUCUGGACAUAAGGGCCACCAUGUGUCCUUUAGGCAGGGCUAUCAUAAAACUGGAGGUGUGGGACAAGCUGCUGACUCCUUUGAGUCAGCAGGUUUGCUAAAUAUAAACCAGUCUGCCAUUUUACCAAAUCAAAAUAAUAUAGAAACUUUUUUUACAUGCCCUUAUAUGUUAUCACCUGUAUCAAAAAUGUUUGCUUAUACAUUUACCAGUGUAAUGAAUCUAGCACCAUUUCUUUUUUAGCUCCCUAGCCAGCUCUUUAGGGUAAUUUGAACUCUGUAAAAUUAUCUGAGAGUGUUUAAACUGGAUCUAAUACCUCUGUAAUAUCCCACACUUUAAACUGUUUGCUUUUUCUGUCAGAAAAACGCCUCAGAUGUGUGUUUACAGUCUGCUUAUGCUUCCUGCAGGCUAAAUCCGCUCUCAUAUCAGGCAGCCAUUGUGUUGUUAUUCAGUCGAACCAUCUUCUUGGUGAUUUUUUUGCUCCCUCAUCAGGGCAGAGAUCCCUGUGAACAAUACACACUGUCUGUACCGACUGCCACUGCUGAGGUAUUUUCAAAUAAAUAUGUAUCUGCAA